AUGAUGGCCACUCUUCUCCUAAUGCUCAUGGCUCUGUGUGUCACCACAGCUGCUGACUCUGGGGACGUCUUAGACCCCGGCAGUGCACUGAGUGUAAGCAUCCCCCAGCCAUCUCCGCUGAAAGCCCUCCUGGGGACCUCGCUGACUAUCCCCUGCUACUUCCUUGAUCCCGUGCAUCCUGUGACCACUGCCCCCUCCACGGCCCCCCUCGCUCCGAGAAUCAAGUGGAGCCGAGUGUCCCGGGACAAGGAGGUGGUGCUGCUGGUGGCUACUGAGGGGCGCGUGCGAGUCAACAGCGCCUACCAGGACAGAGUCUCGCUGCCCAACUACCCGGCCAUCCCCAGCGAUGCUACCCUGGAGGUGCAGAGCCUGCGUUCCAAUGACUCUGGCAUCUACCGCUGUGAAGUCAUGCAUGGCCUGGAGGACAGUGAGGCCACCCUGGAGGUCGUGGUCAAAGGUAUCGUAUUCCACUACCGCGCCAUCUCUACACGCUACACGCUCGACUUCGACAGGGCGCAGCGGGCCUGUCUGCAGAACAGUGCCAUCAUCGCCACCCCUGAGCAGUUGCAAGCUGCCUACGAGGACGGCUUCCACCAGUGCGACGCCGGCUGGCUGGCCGACCAGACUGUCAGGUACCCCAUCCACACCCCCCGAGAAGGUUGCUAUGGAGACAAGGAUGAGUUUCCUGGCGUGAGGACCUACGGCAUCCGGGACACAAAUGAGACCUACGAUGUGUACUGCUUUGCAGAGGAGAUGGAGGGGGAGGUCUUCUAUGCCACAUCUCCAGAGAAGUUCACCUUCCAGGAGGCGGCCAGCGAGUGUCGGCGGCUAGGUGCCCGUCUGGCCACCACAGGCCAGCUCUACCUGGCCUGGCAGGCCGGCAUGGACAUGUGCAGUGCUGGCUGGCUGGCCGACCGCAGUGUGCGCUAUCCCAUCUCUAAGGCCCGGCCCAACUGUGGGGGCAACCUCCUGGGCGUCAGGACUGUGUACCUGCACGCCAACCAGACCGGGUACCCCGACCCCUCAUCCCACUAUGACGCCAUCUGCUACACAGGUGAAGAUUUUGUGGACAUCCCAGAAAACUUCUUUGGAGUGGGCGGUGAGGAAGACAUUACAGUCCAGACUGUGACCUGGCCUGACAUGGAACUGCUUCUGCCCCAAAACAUCACUGAGGGGGAAGCCCGUGGCAGCGCGAUCCUCACAGCCAAGCCUGAGCUGGACACCUCCCCAAAGGCCCCAGAGCCCGAGGAGCCCCUCAUACUUGUCCCCCACACCGGGACCUCUGCCUUCCCGAAUGCUGAGACCAGGACUGAGGGGGCUGCCGUGGCCUUCACCAGCAAGGACCUGGUGGUGCAAGUGACUGCUGCCCCCGGUGUAACUGUGGUCCCUGGGCUGCCACGCUCGCCAGGGGGGGUUGUGUUCCACUAUCGUCCGGGGUCCUCCCGCUACUCACUGACCUUCAAGGAGGCUCAGCAGGCCUGUGUGCGCACGGGGGCAGUCAUGGCCUCGCCAGAGCAGCUGCAGGCUGCCUAUGAGGCUGGCUAUGAGCAAUGUGAUGCCGGCUGGCUGCAGGAUCAGACUGUGAGAUACCCCAUUGUGAGCCCACGGACCCCAUGUGUGGGUGACAAGGACAGCACCCCGGGGGUCAGAACCUAUGGCGUGCGCCCAUCUUCAGAGACCUACGAUGUCUACUGCUAUGUGGACAAGCUCCAGGGGGAGGUAUUCUUUGCCACACGUCUCGAACAGUUCACCUUCCAGGAGGCACUGGAGUUCUGUGAGUCCCACAACGCCACACUAGCCUCCACGGGCCAGCUAUACGCCGCCUGGAGUCGUGGUCUGGACAGGUGCUACGCAGGCUGGCUGGCUGAUGGCAGCCUGCGCUACCCUAUUGUCACCCCACGGCCUGCGUGUGGCGGGGAUAAGCCAGGUGUGAGAACCGUCUACCUCUACCCCAACCAGACAGGUCUUCCGGACCCGUUGUCCAGGCAUCAUGCCUUCUGCUUCCGAGGUACUUCAGAGGCACCCACUGCAGGAGAAGAGGAGGGCGGCACACCCACAUCUUCAUAUGACCUGGAGGAGCAGAUUGUUACACAAGUGGGGCCUGGUGUGGCUGCCGUGCCUUUUGGAGAGGAGACAACCACAGUCCUGGACUUAACCCUGGAGCCAGGAAACCAGACAGGAUGGGAAACAGCCUCCCACCUAGUUGGCACAUCCCUGUGGUCAGGGAUCCCUCCUACCUGGUCUCCCACUGGCACAGCGACAGAGGAGAACACAGAAGGCCUUUCUACAGCUGAAGUGCCUUCUGCUUCGGAGGAGCUGUUCACGCCUUCAUCACUGGUGCCCCUGGGGACUGAACUUCCAGGCUCUGGGGAGGCACCUGGGGCACCUGACAUUAGCGGAGACUUCACAGGCAGUGGAGAAGCUUCAGGACAUUUUGACACCCCUGGGCAGUCCCUGGGGGGCAGUGCAAGUGGAUUGCCCUCAGGAGAGGUGGACUCCAGUGGUCUCACUUCCUCAGUGGGCUCAGGCCUGCCUGUGGGGAGUGGACUGGCCUCAGGUGAUGAAGACAGAAUUGAAUUGUCCAGUACUCCUAAAGUUGGUGGGAUGACCUCUGGAGGUGAGGACCUUGAGGGCUCUGCUUCGGGAGCAGGAGACCUCAGCCAAUUUCCUUCUGGAGAAGUUCCAGAGACUUCUACCUCAGGAGCAGGUGGGCUAAGUGAACUGCCUUCUGGAGAAGUUCCAGAGACUUAUGUCUCAGGAGUAGGGGACCUAGGUGAACUGCCUUCGGGAGAAGUUUCAGAGAUUUCUGCCUCAGGAGCUGGGGGCCUUGGUGAACUUUCUUCUGGAGAAGUUCCAGAGACUGCUGCCUCAGGAGAAGGGAGCCUCAUUGUCCAUGGACAGCCAUCAGGAUUCCCUGACACUAGUGGGGAAAUGUCUGGAGAAGUUCCAGAGAUUUCUGCCUCAGGAGCUGAGGGUCUAGGUAAAUUUUCUUCUGGAGAAGUUCCAGAGACUUCUGCCUCGGGAGUAGGGGCCCUUGGUGAACUUCCUUCUGGAGGGGAAGCUGUAGAGACUUCUGCCUCUGGAAUAGGGAGCCUAGGUGAACUUUCUUCUGGAGAAGCUCUAGAAACUUCUGCCUCAGGAGCUGGGGGCCUUGGUGAACUUCCUUCUGGAGGGGAAGCUGUAGAGACUUCUGCCUCAGGAGUAGGGGACCUUGGUGAACUUCCUUCUGGAGAAGUUCCAGAGACUUCUACUUCAGGAGCUGAGGGCCUUGGUGAACUCCCUUCUGGAGGGGAAGCUGUAGAGACUUCUGCCUCAGGAGUAGGGGACCUUGGUGAACUUCCUUCUGGAGAAGUUCCAGAGACUUCUACUUCAGGAGCUGAUGGCCUUGGUGAACUUCCUUCUGGAGGGGAAGCUGUAGAGACUUCUGCCUCAGGAGUAGGGGACCUUGGUGAACUUCCUUCUGGAGAAGUUCCAGAGACUUCUACUUCAGGAGCUGAGGGCCUUGGUGAACUUCCUUCUGGAGGGGAAGCUGUAGAGACUUCUGCCUCUGGAAUAGGGAGCCUAGGUGAACUUUCUUCUGGAGAAGCUCUAGAAACUUCUGCCUCAGGAGCUGGGGGCCUUGGUGAACUUCCUUCUGGAGAAGUUCCAGAAACUUCUGCCUCAGGAGCUGGGGGCCUCGGUGAACUUCCUUCUGGAGGGGAAGCUGUAGAGACUUCUGCCUCAGGAGUAGGGGACCUUGGUGAACUUCCUUCUGGAGAAGUUCCAGAAACUUCUGCCUCAGGAGCUGAGGGCCUCGGUGAACUUCCUUCUGGAGGGGAAGUUCCAGAGACUUCUGCCUCUGGAGGGAGCCUAGGUGAACUUUCUUCUGGAGAAGCUCUAGAAACUUCUGCCUCAGGAGCUGGGGGCCUUGGUGAACUUCCUUCUGGAGAGGAAGCUGUAGUGACUUCUGCCUCAGGAGUAGGAAGCCUAGUUGAGCUUCCUUCUGGAGAAGUUCUAGAAACCUUAGUUUCUGGAGCUGAGGAUCUUAGUGAAUUGUCUUCUGGAAAAGAAGACUUGGUGGCAUCUGCCUCUGGAGCCUUGGACUUUGACAGAACUCUGGGAAGCGGGCAAGUUCCAGAAACAAGUGGCCUUCCCUCGGGAAACAGUGAAGAGUACUCUGAAGUGGACCUUGGAAGCGGCCCCUCCUCUGGUCUGCCUGACUUUAGUGGACUUCCAUCUGGGUUCCCAACUGUCUCCCUGGUAGAUACUACAUUGGUGGAAGUGAUCACAACCACCAGUGCGAGUGAACUGGAAGGGAGGGGAAUCAUUGACAUCAGUGGGGCAGGAGAAAUAUCUGAAAGGCCCUUCAGUGGGCUGGACAUUAGUGGGGGAGUUAGUGGACUCCCUUCAGGAGCUGAAUUCAGUGGUCAAACAUCAGGGUCUCCUGACACCAGUGGGGAAACGUCUGGACUCAUUGUCCAUGGACAGCCAUCAGGAUUCCCUGACACUAGCGGGGAAGUGUCUGGAGUGACUGAGCUCAGUGGUCAAGCAUCAGGGUCUCCUGAUACCAGCGGAGAUACAUAUGGAGUGACUGAGGUCAGUGGUCGAGCAUCAGGGUCUCCUGACACCAAUGGGGAAAUAUCUGGACUCAUUGUCAGUGGACAGCCAUCGGGGUUCUCUGGUACCAGUGAGGGUAUGUCUGGAGUGACUGAGCUCAGUGGACUGUCCUCUGGAACACCAGUCGUCAGUGGAGAAGUGUCUGGAGUUCUUUUUGGGAGUGGUCAGCCAUUUGUCAUAAACAAUCUGAGUGGAGAUCUAAGUGGGCAGUCAUCUGGUUUGCCAGAGUUCAGUGGAAUGACUCCCAGAAUCCCCAGCCUGGUUUCUGGAGCCAUGAGUGGCAGUGGAGAAUCUUCCAGCAUUACCUUUGUGGACACAAGUUUGGUUGAAGUGACCACUACUACAUUUAAGGAAGAAGAAGGGUUAGGAUCCGUGGAACUCAGUGGUCUUCCUUCUGGGGAGACAGAUGUGUUGGGCUCAUCCAAGGUCAUUGAUGUCAGUGGACAAUCUUCUGGGACAAUUGAUUCCAGUGGAUUUACACCAUUGGCUCCAGGAUUCAGUGGUUUCACAAGUGGAGCAGCUGAGAUCAGUGGCGAAUCCUCUGCAACUGAGGUUGGGAGCAGCUGGCCCUCAGGAGCUUUUGAUAGCAGUGGACUUUCAUCUAGUUUCCCCACUGUUUCUUUCAUAGAUAGAACUUUGGUGGAAUCUGAAACCCAGACUCCAACAGCCCAAGAAGCAGGAGAAGGUCCAUCAGGCAUUUUGGAACUCAAUGGUGCCCAUUCUGGAGUACCAGACAUGUAUGUAGACCAUUCUGGAUCUCUGGACCUAAGUGGGCUGCAGUCUGGGCUGGUAGAACCCAGCGGGGAGCCUCUAAGCUCUCCGUAUUCCAGUGGAGACUUUCCUAGCACCACUGACCUGAGUGGAGAAUUUUCUGCAGUCACAAGCACCAGUGGGGAGGUCUCAGGACUUCCACAAGUUACUUUGAUCAUGUCUAAAUUCAUGGAGGGUGUUACUGAACCAACUGCUUCUCAAGAACUUGGCCAGAGACCCCCUGUGACACAUGUGCCCCCACUUUUUGAGUCCAGUGGGGAAGCUCUUGCAUCUGGGGAUAUGAGUGGAAUCGCACCAACCUUCCCUGGGCCUGGGAUAGGAGCAUCCUCAGUCCCAGAAUCCCACAGUGAGCUGUCUACUCACCCUGAGCUUGGGACAAGGGCACCUGAUGCACCUGAAGCUGGUGUGGAGGGCGCCUAUGGCCUGCCAGGGAGCAGUAACACCCUGGCCUUUCCGGAAGGCUCCACAAAGGGCUCAGCUUCCCCAGAGAUGAGUGCAGAGUCGACACUCACUUACACUGCAGGCACAGAGACCUCAGGCUUGCCUCCGGCCACUCCUACCACCUCGAGAGACAUCACUGAAGUCAGUGGAGACCUGUCUGGUCACACAUCGGGAUUGGUGGAUGUCACCACCACUGUUCAGGAGGCUGAGUGGAUUGAACAGACUCAGCACCCCGCAGAGGCACACCUGGACAUCAAGUCCUCUAGCCCCUCGUACUUAGGAGAAGACACAGCCAAAACAGCCACCUCUCCAACAGAUGCUCCCUUCCGAAGCUCUCCAGAUGGGGCAGGUGAAUCAAGGCCAGCUGCAGCAGCCCCUGCCAGGUCCUGUGCUGAGGAGCCCUGUGGCGCUGGGACCUGUCAGGAGACGGAGGGACAUGUCACAUGCCUGUGCCCACCUGGCCGCGUUGGCGAGCACUGUGACAUAGACGUGGAUGAAUGCCUCUCAAACCCUUGUGUGAAUGGAGCCACCUGCGUGGAUGCCGCCGACUCUUUCACAUGCUUAUGCCUUCCCAGCUACGGAGGGGACCUCUGUGAGAUCGACCAAGAGGUCUGUGAGGAGGGCUGGAUCAAGUUCCAGGGCCACUGCUAUCGCCACUUUCCUGACCGUGAGACCUGGGUGGAUGCUGAGAGCCGGUGUCGGGAGCAGCAGUCGCAUCUGAGCAGCAUUGUGACGCCUGAGGAGCAGGAGUUUGUCAACAACAACGCUCAGGACUACCAGUGGAUCGGCCUCAAUGACAGGACCAUCGAAGGAGACUUUCGCUGGUCAGAUGGACACCUCCUGCAAUUUGAGAACUGGCGCCCUAACCAGCCUGACAACUUCUUUGCCACGGGGGAGGACUGCGUGGUGAUGAUCUGGCAUGAGAAGGGCGAGUGGAAUGACGUUCCCUGCAAUUACCACCUGCCCUUUACAUGCAAGAAGGGCACAGUGGCCUGUGGAGAGCCCCCCGUGGUGGAGCAUGCCAGGACCUUCGGGCGGAAGAAGGAACGCUAUGAGAUCAACUCCUUGGUGAGGUACCAGUGUGUGGAGGGCUUCAUCCAGCGUCACGUGCCCACCAUCCGGUGCCAGCCCAGCGGGCAUUGGGAGGAGCCACGGAUCACCUGCACAGACCCUGCCGCCUACACACGCAGAGCACAGAAGCGGAGCUCACGGAGCCUGCAGAGGAGCAGAGCCAGCACAGCCGCCUGAGAACCAGGGGAAUGCCCAGAUGCUGAGCCCAGGAGCCCACUGGCUGACAGCGCGUCCCGCCAUAUGGUGUCUUCGCUGCUGCUUUCUGUCAUUAGGGAAUCCCGUUAAAGAAAGAAAAAGUGAAUCCCACAGUGCAUCCCCAUCACCAAAACUGCAUCUCAUGUGUCCCCUAAAUGCCAAAGCAAAGCAAGUGUGCCACAGCCCAGACUGGGUUUGAGACUGCCUCAUUCUCUGGCCACGCCUCUCCGGGGACCAGAGCAGGGACAGGGGAGAGGGAGGGGUAAGUUAAAUAAAGAGGAUUAUUUUUUUGUGUCCUGACUUUAUCUGAGAGCAGUGUAAUGCUGGUUAUUUCAUCUCCAAGGAGAGCUAGGGAGGUGGGAGGAAGGCUCAGAGGAGCUGUAAGGGGCAGAAGCCCAGGGGCCUGAAGAAAUCAGAACCAGGACCGGAGCCACAGUGGAAU